GUUCUUACCACUAUACUUAAAGCUGUCUAUGCGAUACUCUUCCCUGUGAAGAAAGUGACGAGCCAUUUCUGUUCGUUUGUUGCUUUUCUUUUGCAUUUUUUAUUUUAUUUUGAAAGAUCAUUAUCAUUUCCACAAGGAGUAAAAAAAAAAAUGGCGUUCGUGAAGAGUGUCAAAAAGUAUUUAGAAAAACGAGCAAACCGCCCUAAUCGUUACCAUCAAAGUUCAGAAGCAUCAACGCCUACUUCUGCUUUUGUUUCUUCUUCCACUUUCAAUACUCCCGGUGGAAACAUCGACAGGGCCAAUAUCCAAAACGAAGCUAUUAUCGCAGAGGAACUUAGGCAGUACAACACUAACAGCAACAAUAGCAAUAAUAAUGACGACGAAUCCUCGCAUCCCUCAACCAUUCAUGACACAAGUAACUACAAUACCACUACCUGCAACAACAACAUCAAUAGUAAUAUCUCUAGUAAUAGCACAACGGCAUUAUCCGUUUCAACUUCUAUCUCAUCACAUCGUACUCGCCGCCAUCGCAAGCGAUCAUCAUUACUUUAUCCAUCUUCUUCCUCCUCUUCUCGUGCCCAUUCCUCCCUUGAUCACCGCAAUUCUUCUCUGCUGGAUGGCAAUCAACGAACCAUGGAUAGUCAUUUUGUGGGUCGGACUUCAACAGCAUGUCCACGAUUCUGCCCAGACGCUUCUCCGGUAAUACAACCGAACUCAAGUUCCGCACAAAAAGACAAUGACAAUCAAAAAUCUGCUCGCUGGAUGAAGCGUAUUCUUGGGAAGGCUGCACAAUUGAAACAAUAUUCCCAAAACUCAGUCUCUAAAGGUACUCUGUUCGCUACUAAAACCGGAAAGAGCCUUAAGAAGCAUUUUUUGAAGGGGAUACACCGUGAUAGGCAACACGACGGAGAUAACGAAGCUUAUAUCAGCGAUGAUGAUAUAUAUCUACGGCAAAAUAAUUUGGCAGCUAAGAGUGUAGCUGCUUUUCCGCUUAUCACGACGUCGAUGGACAGCAAAGACAUUAGAAACGAAAGUGACAGCGAUCCUGAAAGCGAUGGAGACAAUAGCUACGACAAAGAAGCAUUAGAUCUUCGCUACUUUUAUGACCCUCAAUCAGAGGAUUCUGUGAACCGGAUAACGUUUUUGACAGGACCUGAGCACUACUAUCAUCUCGCCCUUCAGCUGGAGACAAGUCCUUGUCAAGAGUUCCAACUAUAUGGUAAAGAACUUUAUAUUCGCGCAGCAGGACUGGGCUACGCACCAGCACAAUUUAAAUUAGGCAUCUGUUAUGAACUUGGCCUCACUCACUUCCCCAUGGACCCCACACAAUCAUUUGCUUGGUACAAGCGUGCAGCUUUGCAGGGCCAUGCUGAUGCAGAGCUUGCUGUUUCGGGGUGGUAUCUUACGGGCCAUCCUCAAGGAUUAAUCCAAUCAGAACCACUAGCAUACGAAUGGGCUUCCAAGGCAGCGAAACGGGGCUGGGCCAAGGCCGAGUAUACAUUAGGGCAUUAUUAUGAAGUUGGAAUUGGCGUCCCACAGGAUCUAGCAGUGGCGAAGCAGUGGUAUAUAAAGGCUGCAGCACAGGGGAACGAGAGAGCGCUUUUGAGAUUACUGGUAGGACAUGUCGGCUUGGAUGUGGACUAUGCACACCUUAAAGACGCGUUACUCCACCAAAACCAGAACAACCCUUAUUUGAUUCACCAACUAGCGCAGUUCCAUGAACACAGAGAGUAUGGUCUCGUUCCGGAUGAGGACGCCGCAUUUGAGCUAUACGCAGCAUCAGCACAAGCAAACUAUGCACCAGCACAAUACAAGUUGGGAGCAUGUUAUGAGUUUGGUAUUUUAGGAUGUCCGCAAGAUCCAGUUCAGGCAGUCCACUGGUAUAGACGAGGAGCCGAAAACGGGCAUGUCGAAGCAUUGUUGGCGCUAGCAGGGUUUUACCUUGAUGGAAGUGCAGGUCAAGCAGCAGAGCAGAGCGACGAAGAAGCAUUCAGAUUCGUGGAAGCCGCAGCGCAACGAGGAGUACCUAAAGCUGAAUAUAUCACCGGCUUCUUUCUAGAGCAUGGGCUGGGCGUUGAACAGAAUAUAAAUGAAGCAAAACGGUGGUACCAUUUAGCCUGUGCCAAAGGCGUGGAUUCUGCAGAAAAGCGACUAAAAGACCUAGAGAAGCUGUCAGACUUUUCUUAGCAACCUCAAAUUAAAUAUUGGGAAAAUAAGUAUAAAAAAAAAAAAUUAUGGCUUUUCAAUCCAUCAGCUUUUCUGAGGCUGAUAUUUCCUACUGCUCAUCGUUUUAAUAGCAUACAGCCCAAGUUACUUCAGUAGCUAUCGUUCAG